ACAGGAAGUGCAAAUAGUUCUACAGGGUUCUGGUCACACCCCCACGCUCGUUUUCUCCGUGGGACAAGAGAACUCCGUGUUUCCACGGUCCGCUUUAAAACGACACAGGAUAAGAUGUAGCUGCUCCGCUUCGCCUGGUUCCGGUUCGACUGCGUGGAUCGACGGGUGUAAGAGCAGUGUCCUGGGAACAAUGAGGUUCUGUCCCCCAAGUGGAGUCCAGAGACCUGUGGAACCUUUGCUGAGGUGAUGGACCUCAACCUUCUCUGUUUCAUUCUGCUCGUCCUGACCGGCUGUGUCAGAAGUUCUCCGAACCACCACCACCACAUUGAGUACUGCGUGCUGGGCGCCGGGCCUGCAGGGCUGCAGAUGGGAUAUUUCCUUUCCAAGGCCCAAAGGCACUACAUCAUCUUGGAGCGGAACCAGGGACCAGGCAGCUUCUUUAACAGGUAUCCCAGGCACCGGAAGCUCAUCAGUAUCAACAAGAUCUACACAGGGAGGCAGAACCGAGAGUUCAACCUGCGCCACGACUGGAACUCGCUGCUGAGCCAUGAACCGGAUCUUCUGUUCAAGAGGGUGAGCGGUGAGUUCUACCCCCCAGCCGACGCCUUCCCACGCUACCUGGCCAUGUUUGCCACGGAGCUCAGCCUGAGGGUCCGCUACGGCGUGGACGUGGGGCGGAUCCGGGCCGUGCAGUCGGGCUCUGGGAGGAGCUACGUUCUGACCGAUCAGAACGCCUCAGACUACAGCUGCAGCGUACUCCUCGUAGCCACCGGUUUGUGGGUUCCUCAGACAGUGGACUUUGUUGGUUCUGACCUGGUUGAGGGCUACGAGUCCAUCUCCACCAAUCCUGACGACUACAGGGACCAGGCAGUCCUCAUCCUGGGCAAGGGCAACUCUGCCUUUGAAACCGCCCAGAGCAUCUUGGGACGAGCCAGUCGGGUGCACAUGCUCAGUUCAAGCGCCGUGCGUCUGGCCUGGCAGACGCAUUACGUUGGAGACCUCAGGGCCGUGAACAAUGAGCUGUUGGACACGUACCAGCUGAAGUCCCUCGAUGGGCUGGUGGAGGCGCGACUGGAGAAAAUAGUCAUCGCCAAACGAAAAGAGCAGAACCACAGAAGCUGUGGUCGGAAGAAGACUGAGCGGAACGGAAAGUUGUACCUGACUUUGACUAAGUACGUCCAGAACGGUUCUGUCGUCAGCGGAGAAGAGCUGGCCGGACAUCACAUCGACAACUUUCCCACACGGAAACCCUACGACCGAGUGAUCCGCUGCCUCGGCUUCAGAUUCAACUUCAGCGUGUUUGACGGCUCCGCGCGCCUGCCCCCCAGUGAGAACGCCAAAGGCAGGUUGCCGGCGGUGACGGCCUGGUACGAAGGGGAGGACGCCCCCGGGCUGUUCGUCCUGGGGACGGCGUCUCACUCCAGAGACUAUCGCUCGUCCGCCGGCGGCUUCGUCCACGGGUUCCGUUACACAGCGCGGGCCGUGCACCGAGUGCUAGAGCAGCGUUACCAUGGCAACCGGUGGCCAUCGAUCACGCUGUUGACCACACAGCUUCUGUCGUGGAUUCUGAAGCGGGUCGGCGAGGCGUCUGGACCGUACCAGAUGUUUGAGGUGCUCGGGGACGUCAUACUCCUCAGAGGUUCUCACUGCGACUACGUGGAAGAGUUCCCCAUCCAGGCUUUGCCUCAGUUCUCCUCUCUCUCGGGUCACGAGGUCUCCAGCCACGGACUCUUGGUUCUGGUCAUGCAGUACGGGAAGAAGAAGAUCGAUUACCUGGGACGCAGCCGGGCGGAGACGGACUGGACCAAAGCUUGGAGGUCCAACUUUCUGCACCCGGUUCUGUAUUUCUACGACAGACUUCCCACUGAUAAAGAAAUGACGCUGCGCCCCCACAGCUGGCCGCUGCCGAGGCCCCGGGCCCUUCACCACAUGAUUGAGGACUUCCUCACAGAAUGGGACGGUCCCGUGUCUCACGUCCAGCCGCUGCGACGCUUCCUGGAGCACUGUGUCCAGACCGACCUCAGGAGCUUCUACGCAGACUCCUGCUUUCGUUUGUCUCUAACUCACCGGAAGCCGCCGCUGUUCUGCCGGCAGAGAUACCUGCAGCAGCAGGGAGUGGCCCGUCGCCAUCGGCAACCGCAGCACGCUCAUGCCGCUGGGCUGAUAGCGGCUGAGCGCCAGGCUGGACCGGCCCAAUCGGACCCAGCGUUCCCCAGCUUCCUGGCACAAGCUGAGGCCUCCGUGUCUUCAGGACUCAAACUGGACCUGUGACUGCUUGAAGCUGUUGGGGUCCCUCAGGCUGGAGGUCGUCUUGGAUCCUAAAUUUGGAAAUAAUGUAUUUCCAAGAACGUCCUCUACCUCAGACGUACUACCUCCAUCACCCACAGUCAUUCCCCUUACAAGACCAAAUGUUAGCACCUACAGAUCAGUGGUUUCUAUUAUGUGGGCUUCUAACAGAUAACGCCCUUCACGAUUUGAACCAAAGACUUUACCUGUCGUAUUUUAAUGAUUUGUACAUUCUGCGUGAGCUAAAUUACCAAGAGGAUAAUGUUUAAAAGCUGAAAACAACAAUCAGAAGUUUUUUUAUUUUUAAUAGUCUGCGUUUUAGGGUCUCAAACCUCAGGUUGGAAACCACUACAGAGGGAUUUUGACCUUUGCUCCCUGUUAUUAUCAAAAAAAAAUAUAUACAUGUCAUUUUCAUAUCAUGGAACCACAGAAUAUAUAAAGCUGCUGUACAGGUGUGUAUAAGAAAGGAUCAUGUAAUUAUGUAUUGGAUGUCUACUCAAAGUGUUAUUCUUACAUUCUCAUGUUGAGGAUUGUUGUUAAUUUUGAUGAACAUGAUGUUGCUGCCCAACAAUGUGUUUUUACGUAUUCUUACUUAAAACGUCAUGUUCAAAAGCAAAA